AAAAACAUGGACGAGGCUAAGGGAGAUAAAAGUAUGCGCUUUCUAUCGCUGAACAUCAAAGACUGUCUCGGCUGCAGCGAUGUGAGCGUGUCGUUCCCCCCAUCGAACAGUGUGCACGUGCUGCUGUACAAGCUGAUGGGGCAGGAGCAGGAGCAGGCCCGCGGCAAUAUGGCCGUGACGCCAGUGGCACAGGCCAUACAGCUGCUGUGCACUCGGACCUUUCCGGACGCCGAGAGCUUGGAGCGGCUGCCGCUGCUGGAGGUGGGACGCGGCAGCGUUUCCCUGCGCUUCCAGGUGUUGCAGCCCGAACCCUCGCAAGAGGACAGCGACAGCGACUUGGACCUGGAGCCGUCCACAUCGGCGCAGGCAGAAGUGCGUCUCGAGGAGCGGAAGAAACGCCGCGAGGCUGCACGUAAUCGCAAGAAAAUCUUCGUAGUCAAAAAGGAGGUGAUGGUCGAGCGGCGAUUCGACGAUCCCCAGAGUCUGGACUGGGUCACCUAUACGGAGAACGGUGGCGAGAUCCUUAAAUGGCAGCUGGACGAGUUCCACGCUCAGUUCUUCGAGGAUCCCCAGUACUCGUCCAUCCAUCUGUGGGAUCUGCAGCACAAGUGCGCCGGCAAUUGGCUGCAGAUCAUCCGGGCGGACAGCAAUGGCUACAAAAACUUUCAGACCCCGGGCAAUCCGUUUGAGAUCUUUGCCAAGCUCUUCGUUCGCAAGAAGCUGGAUGAGGAGGAUUUGGUGUGCAAAUUGGCCGAAUCCUGUAUUACCGUCAACGAGGCCGUACUCCGCUCGGAGCGUCAGUUCGUGAUGCAGGUGUUCAACCAUGUGCGCCGCAUAUUCGAGUACAUCACCAUGAAGCAGUACACGGUGUGGUUCCUGGUGCCCGGCGCCCAGGGCCCUCAAAGUCUGACCGAAGAGGAUCUCGACUUCGAUUUGCGUAAUGUGCGCACUUCCAUCCGUAUUGCUGGCGACAACAGGAACAUCUUCUGGUGCCAGUCCGAUCACAAUGUCCACAACUUGCUGAUGGUCUCCUUCCAGCUGGCCCUGAGCAGCAUUGCCAAGCAAUCGGUGCUGAUUAUCAGCCAUUUGGAUAAGAUAGCUGAUUUCGUGACCUGGCAGUUUAUCACGGCCUCCUACAUGAACGACAUCUAUGCCCGUGGAUCCACAGAUUCGAAAUGGGUCUGCAUGCGCUACUUGCAACGCAUCGUCGAAAUGGCCCAGGCCAACUGCAUCAUUGUCCUCAUCGAGUAUCCCAGCUUCCUGAGCGUUCUCUCCGACGAGCGGCAUGUGAUCAAGUGUGAGAAGCAGCCAGACAAGGAAUCCUGGGACGUUAAAGUUGGGUCCGCCGAAUCGUCCGAGUCCCGCUUGGAAAUCUUUAAGACUGCCAUCAAUUUGGAGCUAGGCAGUGUCGCGCCCGCCACCCCUCAAGAAUAAGGCAUCUAUCAAGCGCACAUCCAAUUUUAGUUUUACAAAUAUUUCCUUUGCUCCUCCAUUGUUCCAUUGCUCGUUUUGUAAUUACGCAGCCGCCGCCGCCGCUGCCGCUCACGGAACAACAACAAGAGCUCCAUUCUUCAGCUCCAUUUCAAUUAGGGUUUUGCUGGCUGUCAGUUUGAAUGCCACACAGCCAGCAAGCCAUCACCAUCACCAUUCUCAUCCUCAUCCAUAUCCCUGCCACCACAACAGCAGCAGCAACUGCAACUACAACUACAAUGGCUGUCAGUCAAAGGCACGCGUCAUUUGCUGGCGAAAUGCAUUUUACGUAAACCUAAAAGCAUUUUAAGCCAAACCCCAACGCCCACCGCUAUCGACCCAGUUAGAAGACAGGGACCACGGCCUGGAGAUGCAUUUGGAAGGAGCGACUGUCUGUCUAUCUGUCUGGCUGACUUGACUGAUUGGCGGUUGUUGGGGUAACUUUUCAACGCAAGAACAUAUCCGAAUGUGCUACAGAAGAUAUUUUCAUAAAAUAGUUAACAUUGUUAGUGCCUUUUAGGCGAAGCCGAAGGAAACAGAACACUUUUUUUUUUGUAGAAUCAAAGAUAUUCAAGAUUUGGCAUUCAAUAAGUGCCUUGGUGGGGCCAAAUCUUACAUAUAUAACAUAUUCUAUUCAUUCAAAAAUAAUAUCAGAGAACAACAAGGGAUAGAUCCCAUUUAUUU